GAGCGCUGCUGAGCGUUCAGAAUCCAGAUGGAGUCGGAGGUGCAGCUCCGAGUGCUCGCCGCCGCGAAGGCCCUCGAAAACCGGCGAGAGCCGCCGCUGGCGGUCGCCAUGGACCUUGCGCGAAGCGUCGUCGAUGGCCUCCCUAGCCCAGAGCUAGCUCACGCUAUUGUCGCCGCUGUCUGCUCGCUGAACACCUCCCCCUCGAUGUGGAAACUACUUGAGCAAGCCAUUGUCUUUCGCUUCGUCUUGCCACUCCACGCGCUUGCUCUCCUCACUGGCAGGGUGGUGCCCAAUCGGAAGGCGCAGCCGGAGGCGUACAGAUUGUAUCUCGAGCUCUUGAGUCGGUACGCACUCUCUCCACCGGCCGUGCCGGCGGGGCCUUGCAGAGAUAAGAUUGUUAAAUCUGUUGGUGAUGCUCUACAAAUUUUUGAAAAUUUUGGGUCUCAAUGCAUGGACUAUGGGCACAUGGUGGUAUUGUUUGUUUUAAGUACUGUGACAACUUUAAUCGAUGGUGCCCUUGAAGACUGGGGUUUGAAAUCAGUAUCUGUAGAGAAGCAUGAUACUCUAUUUGCUAGUGAUGGAUGGCAAGCUAUGGAUAUUGAUUGCAAAGGAAGUCUAAAUGAUAGGAGAAAUGAACACCGAGAAAAAUUACGUAGGAGUAACAUUUUAAUGGCUGUUGACGUGGUGGCAAAAAUCACUGCAGAUAAGAAAGCUAAAGUGCUUCUUCGUCUUGCUUAUUUCAACAUGCCUGAAAGAUUCAACAGCCUGCUGCAGAAACUGCAAUAUAUUGAGGCUCAGAAAUCAGCGUUGCAGAGUUUAGUCAGUGCAGAUCAACUCUUGGUUAAGGUAUCUGCAAAUGUAAAGGAAGCUAUGAGUGGGCCAUACCACGUAGAUAAGCACCAUCUUCUUGGACUGGUGGACAUUGGAUCUCAUGACUCCCAUUUUUCCCUCAGUUCUGGUGUUAGUAGGGUUGCUUGUUGGGUUCCCUUUGAUGUUUUCUUGGAGAAUGCAAUGGAUGGAAAACUUCUUCAUGCUAUUUCUCCCCUCGAAAUACUUACAGAAUUGAUCAGGACGCUUCAAGUAAUUAAUCGGGCUAGCUGGCAAGAGACGUUCCUGGCUCUCUGGAUUUCAGCUCUUCGAUUAACGCAACGAGAGCGUGAGCCUUUGGAAGGACCUAUGCCACAUCUUGACUCCAGAUUAUGCAUAUUGUUGUCUAUUGUUCCUUUGGCAAUCCUUUCUAUCCUGAAAGAAGAUAGUGAAAAAUCAAGCAGUACAAGGAAUGGUAGUGAACAUGGAACUGAAGGAGAUCAUUACACUUCAAGAAGAAAUGGAUUGGUUUCUUCACUUCAGUUACUGUCUCAAUUUUCUGGGCUUUUGUCACCUCCCCCAUAUGUUGUCACUGCAGCUAAUAAUGCUGCAACAAAAGCAGCAUCUUUCAUUUCCAACAUUAAGAAUGGGAGUGGCAAUCAUACCAAUACCAGUCAAAAUGCUUCUGUCAAUGCAGUUGGGAGCAUGCUUCAUCUAAUAGUCGAAGCUUGCAUUGCAAGGAAACUCAUUGAUACAUCAGCCUACUUCUGGCCUAACUAUGUGGUUGCCUCUGCACCAUCAAAAGAGUCCUCGUCCUUUAAUGAAUCACCUUGGUUAACCUUCAUGGAAGGAACCCCUCUAUCUAGUUCACUAAAAAAUGAUCUUAUGGCAACCCCUGCUUCAAGGAUAGCUGAACUUGAGAAAUUAUAUAAUAUUGCACUAAAUGGGUCAGAAGAGGAGAAACCUGCCGCUGCUAAGAUUCUGUGUGGUGCAACUCUUGUCCGUGGCUGGAACAUUCAGGAGUAUGUGGUAUCCUUUGUGGUCAAGUUACUCUCGCCUCCUGCUCCACCUGGAAUUUCCAAGACGGGGACAGGAAGUCAUUUAAUUGGUUAUAUGUCUAUGCUAAAUGCAGUUCUUUUUGGUAUUUCUGCUAUUGAUAUUCUUCAUAUACUAUCUUUGUAUGGCGCGGUUCCAGAAGUUGCAGCAGCUUUAAUGCCACUCUGUGAGACUUUUGGAUCAUUGCCACCAACAUCUAGUCACAAAUCAAGCACUUCUGAAGAGACAUCUGCUCAUGCAGUUUUCUCGUGUGCGUUUUUAUUUCUUAUUCGUUUGUGGAAAUUUUACAGACCUCCUCAGGAACACUGUAUAGGGGGCCGUGGGGCGACUAUCAGACUAGAACUAACUCUGGAUUAUCUCCUAUUAAUGCACAAUAGUCGUGUUGGUUUGCAAAAUCCCGCCUUCCCAGAUAAAACUCUAGGCAAUGCUGAUCCACUCAAUUUUUCAUCAGGCCAACCUGUUUAUAUCGACUCAUUUCCAAAGCUGCGUUCUUGGUACUUCCAGAAUCAAGCAUGUGUAGCGUCAACACUCUCGGGGUUGUGUAGCAAAAAUCCUGUUCAUCAAGUGGCCAAUAAGAUUCUGAAUAUGCUUUGUCGAAAAAUGACGAAUAGAGCAACCAUGUCCAGUAUCCCUGCAUCAACAUCUGGUAGCUGCAUGACUGAUUCACCUGGGAAUUCAGCAGAAGAUACUUGUCACAUGCCCUUGCUUCCUGCAUGGGAGGUGUUGGAAGCUAUUCCCUUUGUUCUUGAAGCUGUUUUGACUGCAUGUGCACAUGGAAAGCUUUCUUCCCGUGACUUAAUUACUGGCUUGCGGGAUCUUGUGGAUUAUCUUCCUGCUUCGCUAGCCACCAUUAUAAGCUAUUUUUCAGCAGAAAUUACCCGUGGCAUUUGGAAACCUGUUUCAAUGAAUGGCACUGAUUGGCCUAGUCCUGCAGCAAACCUUCUCUUAAUCGAAUCAGAGGUGAAGGAAAUUCUUACAUCUGCUGGGGUUCAUGUUCCCAGCUUUCAUGCAGGUGGAAUGUCGGUGAUGCUUCCACUUCCAAUGGCAGCCUUGGUCAGUUUGACAAUAACAUUUAAGCUUGACAAGAACCUAGAAUACAUCCAUGGAGUCAUUGGGCCAGCUCUGGAUAACUGUGCAUCAGGCUGCGCAUGGCCUAGCAUGCCCAUUAUCGGUUCCUUAUGGUCUCAAAAGGUUCGCAGGUGGCACAACUUCAUAGUCUUCUCAUGUGCGCGAUCUCCCUUCAGCUAUGACAAGGAAGCCAUUACCCAGCUUGUCAGGAGCUGCUUCUCAUCUUUUCUCGGAUCAUCCCCGACUUCAAGUUCUCACAUGACAUCCCGUCGAGGAGUCAAUGGACUAUUAGGCCAAGCCUUCACCGACCAAGGGGUUCGGCUUCCCAUAGCCCCCGGAUUUCUGUAUCUACGUUCAUGCCGAGCUUUCCAUGACACUCACUUUGUAACCAAUCUGAUUCUUGAGCUAGUGGUUGAGUUCGCACACGAGUUAGGAAGAUCAUGGUCCUGUGGAGGGCUUGCGCGUUUAAAAUCCAGCAAAAUCUCACUUGCUACGGCAGCAGCACAAGUCAGAGAAGUGGCCACAGUUGGUGCAUGCCUUCUCUGUAUAGCUGGUGGGGUGUUACUCGUCCAGGUUUUAUACGAAGAGACACUUCCGACCUCGUUGCUAUCAGUAACAGAAGGCAAGCUACAAGACCUAAGUCCAACUGCCCGCAUUCUCGAAGGUUACGCGAUGGCAUAUAUGCUUGUACUCUCUGGUGCCUUUGUGUGGGGUGUCGGUGACACCUCCCCGGCAUAUACUUCCUUGUUCUCUUCCAGGCGUGCGGCGACAGUUGAUAAACACAUGGACUUCAUUGCCCGUGUUGUAGAUGGCAAUGUCACUCUUGGAUGUGAUCCUGCAACAUUUAAAGCGUACGUAUCAUGCCUGGCGAGCCUGUUGGUUGGUUUUGUUCCGACGUGGGUGCCGGAGAUGAAACAGGACACUCUAAGAAGGCUGGCUAAUGGUCUUAGAGGUUGGCAUGAGUGUGAUUUGGCCCUUUCUCUUCUGGAAAGAGGUGGUGCAGAUGCCAUGACUUUUGUGGUUGAAUCUUUAUUGUGAUCACAACAUGGUUCCUCGGAAUUGGAAUCAUUAUUCCUAAAGAAAUAACUAAGUUGAUGCUUUCUGAGGGGUUCCAAAGCAUGGAUUGAAUAAUGUGUUUUGAUGACUUUGUCUUGAUCAGUGAUUUGGAUCCCCUGAUUAUAUAAAUAUAAAUGAAAUUUUUAUAGUAUUGCAUCA